UGGCAUUGCAGUGUUUACAGUAAAAUUCAGUGAAUUUGUUUUGAAAUUACAGUUCCUCAUCAAUAUUUGUGUCCAUCACCAUGAUAAAAUAUUGAUAUUAAUUUUACGUAACAGGCUAUAUUCGUAAUACGGUUAUCCAUAAACAUGCAUUAACGCAAAAUGUUACUCCAGAAUUGAAUCAAAUAAUGUCUGCUGUAAGGACAUGUCCUGGGCUAUACUGCGGCCGUACGGAGCUUGAAGAUGGCAUCUGGAGUGACUGCGGAGCCUGCCCUAGGGGGUUCCGUACAAAUGCAUCCAGCUACUGCACCCCUUGCGCCGAUGAGCCUACCCUGUACGAUUGGCAGUAUCUAGGGUUUAUGGUGCUAUUGCCGCUAGUUUUGCACUGGUUUUUCAUUGAUAUGGUCUCUGCCGGCAAAGGCAGAGAAGGAAUCGUCAUACAGCACUUGUGUGCGUUUGGAGAGGUGGUGUCAGGGACUCUUGCUGCACUCCUCGUGCUGCCCCCGGCUGGCACUAUAGCGCUGCAUGUGUGUACACCCAAGGCCCUGUCCGACUGGUACACAUUGCUGCAUAACCCACAGCCUGACUAUAAGGAGACACUACACUGUACUCAGGAAGCGGUGUAUCCUCUGUAUACAAUAGUUCUGUUAAUAUACGUCUUUAGUUUGCUGAUGACCAUAACACUGAGGCCAUGGCUGCUAGCGUGGCACUCCUCCAGUUCUGGCAAGAAAGCCAUAUACUGUGCGUUGUACUUCUACCCGAUACUAGUGCUCAUACACACUGUUGCUGCAGGAUUGAUUUAUUGUUCAUUUCCCUACAUAAUCAUAAUAAUAUCAAUGAUGACAUCAGCAUCUCACUUCUCCAUAAAGAUUGAUCAAUCGGCACCAGCCCUGCUGAUCUCCUCAAUGACAAACUCACGAAACCUGAUCAUCCUUGUGGGACAUUGGUUGGUUCACGCGUAUGGGAUUAUAUCUCUAACUGGGUUCAAGGAACUCUGGUACUUGUCGCUAGUACCUGCCCCGGCUCUGUUCUACAUCCUUACGGCUCAGUUCACGGACCCCAUGAAGAUACACAAUGAUUGACAGACUCCCAAAACAAGUGUGAAUAAUAGGGAACACAGAAAUUCAGUAUUAUUUACCAAUAUUUUGUGAUCAAAAUGUUGAAAAAUAAUAGUUACAGAAACGUUUUUAUUUUAAUUUAAACUAAUUUCGAGCAAUAAUUACGAUUUGAAGUAAUAUGGAAAGGAACGUGUAUUAAUCCACCAAUCAGUAUCUGGUGACGUCACACUUGGUGUUCUAUAAAAUAAACGCAAACAAAAAUAUUGCAUGUU